AUGCCUCGCGCCAAACGCCCCGUUGUAGAAGUUGAGGAAGUCGAAGCAAUCGAUUGGAGUCAAUAUGUUGUCACUCACUUGAAAGCUGAACUCGAGCGUCGUCAACUCCCAAAGACUGGCAAGAAAGCAGACUUGGUAGCACGUCUUCAAGCAUCUGAUGAGGAAGCAUUGCAUAAUGAACCCGAAGCUCCUGUCCUUCAACCCCCUCCUGCUGAAGCUGGUCCUUCUACCACUUCUGAUGAACCACCAAAGAAAAAGAGAGCCAAGAGAGAAAAGAGUCCUGACGUUGUGAUUGAAGGACAACUUGCAUCUGAUGUCGUCAUCUAUCAAAACGUUGAUACUCGUACUGGAGAGAGACGGGAGAGAGAAUUUGUUGCAGAGCCUGAUGCCAAGUUCAAAGAUAAGGUCAAGCGAAUCAAAAAGGAGCGUAUGUUCAUGUUGAACAGGAAAAAAGUUACUGAGAUCAAUGGGAGAGAUCAUGAGGAUUUCGAUAUUGCGGGUAGUACCGGUAAUAUUUAUCAAACCAAGAUUGGACGUGUUCCAAGUUGUACCUGUAUGGAUGCAAGAAUUCGUGGUCAAAAAUGCAAGCAUAUUAACUAUGCCUUGAUAAUCAUUUAUAAGGCGCCCAUGCAUCUUUGUUACCAACAAGCAUUCUUAUCCCAUGAACUGGAGUUCAUCUGGGCCAACGCACCCGUCACCCGCGCACCUGACGGACACGACCCCAAUGCCGGUCCCGAGGAUGAAAGUAACUACAAUGGCAAACGUAAACCCAUCGAAGGCGAAUGUCCCAUCUGUGUCUUCGACAUGGAUCCCGCCACCGAAGACAUCGUUUGGUGUAAAGCAGCUUGUGGUCAAAACUUCCACAAAGAUUGUUUCGCUCAAUGGAAAGCUAGUAAGCAUGGUGGACCUGUCACUUGUGUUUAUUGUCGUACUCCUUGGCAAGACGAUGAUGCACCUUCCAGACCUGUUCCAGGUAGUUUGGCUUCGCUGAGUGAAUCCGCGCCCAAGGUGGGCAGUUAUAAGAAUAUCGGUCACAUGGACAUGUAUUCUCAGGCUGCUUCCGGAAAGAAAAAGGGUUAA